UUCAGCGGCUGUGCAGCACUUGUUGACGUUCGAGCAUAUUGAAGUUUUAACACUUAAGUUGAACAAAUUUCACAUUUUGUAUAGGUUUUUCCACAGUGUUUGAGUUUUCGACCUCUUUUGUCGGCCAUGUCUUUCUCAAGAGCUCCAUUAAAGAGAUUUAACGAGCAUGCCGGUUGUGCUCCUCCACCUGGUACAUAUGAGGUGAAGUCUGGUGAUGUGAAAGGAACUGCAUCAUUUCAUAAAGCAGAGCGCUUCAGAUCAGCUCCAAAAACAGCGGUACCCCUGCCAUCCCCCUCAAAAGAAGUGCCCAUGUCUCCUGUACGGAGGACCAUGUCUGUUGAUGGUUUGGCUGAUGCAUUAAGUUCCAAACAGGACAAAAAUGGUUUCACACUUCAGAGGAAACAUCAGAGACUACUAGAGAAAGAGAUCCGUUCUUUGGUGCAGCAGAGAGGAGAGCAGGACCGCAGGCUGCUGACCCUGGAGGAAGAGCUGAAGAAGUUGGAGUCUAAAUUGCUUGUGGCUGUCAGAGAGAAGACCGGCCUCGCUGCCAGUGUGGCUUCUCUUGAGAGGCAGCUCGCGGAGUUAAAGAAAGCUAAUGAGUUCCUGAAGACCAAGGUCUCUGCAGAUAUCACCAAGAAGAAGAUCAAUGCUCUUUCCAUGGAGCUCAUUGAGGCCAAAAAUAAACUCGAUGCCAAAGACAAGGAACUGAGCUUUCUUCAGAUCAGCACAGAGGGGAAAGUAAAGGUCUUGGAAACAGACCUGGAGACUGCCAGAGCAACUUUUAGAGUUCUUCAGGAAAGGAACAAAGAUCUUGAAGCCCUUCAUCAGGAGACAAGAGUCCAAAAUGAGCAGCUCGAGAAUGAAAUGGAUAAAUUGCACAACAUAAUCCAGGAGCUGAGGGAGGAAAUCAAAGCCCUGCAGAGUUACUUGGACUCAGCAAAUGACGAGAUUCAGGAUUUGCGGAUUAAGCUCCAGGACAAAUCCACCGUGGAGCGCCGGUUCUCUGAUGCUCAAGAGAACCUCAGUGACGUGGAGAAAAAGUUGGAGAAAUGUACCAGUGAGCUGCAGGACUGUCAGGAGUUGCUGAAAGUAAAGGAAGAGGAACUGCAGGACUCCCAGAAGGCUCUAGAAGAGAAUGAGAGAGAGGUGGAACAGCAUGUGCAGGAUCUCCAGGCCUCGCAGACCUCACUAAAAGAGCUGGAGGAGCAGAUGCAGCAGGGAGCUCAGGAUCUCGAGGAGUCCCGGAGCACGGUACAGCAGCAGGAGCAGGAGCUGGCCCGCGUGAAGGAGAUCUUGAGGAGAACGGAGGAAGAGCUGGAUCAGCGUGUGGCACUCAUGGGAGAGCGAUGCUUGGUGCUGGAGGAUGAAAGAGCCAGGACACAGGAGGAGGGUCUGCGACGGGUGCAAGAGUUGAAGGCAGAGAUCAGCUCAUUGGAGGAGAGUAGGAAGACUGAGAAAGAAGCAUACAAAAAACUGGAGGAGGAACAUGAUGCACUGACCAAACAACUGGAAGAGAAAAAGACUCACAGCGACUCCCUGGCUAGCAUGCUUGAGCGCCUGAGAGAUGAGACUGAGGUGGAGAGGAGACAGCUUGGCGAGGAGCUGGAGGACGCGCUCGAGGAGCUGUCGGAGCUGGAGAAGCAGGAGCAAUGCAGUGAGGAGGCCAUCCAGCACCUCACACAGAAUAACCACACACUGGAGCAAGACCUGAAGAACACUUGCUCUGAGUUAGAGAAGAAGUGUACUGAGAUGCAGGCUUUAGAAGAGGCUCAUGUGGUGACAAUCAAAAAACUAGAAGAGGAUCACAACAGCUGUCUUGCUAAGCUGGGAGAUGUGACUACUGACUAUGAGAGCACAAGACGGUCUCUGGGUGAGCAGAAGGAGCAGGCAGAGGCUCAAGCCCAUCAACUGCAGGAGGAGAUGAACCAACUCAAGCAACAGCUGCAGCAGGACCAGCAGAAACUCAUAAGCUACCAGGAAAUGCAGGAUAAACAGCGAGAGGAGCAUGCUGGGAUGCUUUUAAAAGUUCAGACUAAGCUGGCUCAGAGAGAGGAAGAGUUGAAGCAAGCAGCAGAGACUCUGAGUGAGGAGCUGAGAAGCCUGCAGGCGGAGGUGAAGCAGGAGAGAGGAGAGCGAGAGCGGGCUCAGGCCCAGCUGGAGAGAGAACAGAAGAGGCAGUCAGUGGAGGGCCGUUCUGCAGAAGCCAGCAGGCUGCGGGGCCGCGUGGAGGAACUGGAAGACAAGGUUUCUGAGCUCAACAGGCAGGUGCAGGAGGAAAGAGACGCAGCUGAGCAUCAAGCUGUUGAGUGGCAGCAGGAGAGACGACAGCUAUGCAGACAGAUGGAAGAGGAAAGGCAAGACCACCACAAACAACUCUCAGAGGCUCAGCUGCAGAGCACGUGUGAUGCUGAGACUGAGCACUGGAGAAACUUGUAUGAAGAGCUCUAUGCUAAAGUAAAACCAUUUCAGGAACAGCUGGACCGCUUUGCAGCAGAGAGGAACGCUUUGUUGAAUGAGAAAGGAGCCACGCAGGCGGAGUUGAACAAGUUAGCCGAUGCCUACGCCAACCUGAUGGGUCAUCAAAACCAGAAACAGAAGAUCAAACACAUGGUCAAACUAAAAGAGGAGAACUUGGAGCUCAAAGAAGAAGUGUUCAAGCUAAGGGCACAGGUCGGGAAACAGAAGCAAGAGCUGGAUCGGCUCAAGUCCGGUCAGACGCCGCGGAGAUUGGACCCCAGCGAGGCUUUCAAAUAUGACCUCAAAGAAAACCAGCAGCCCACUUCAGCUCUUUCACAAGGCAACAAAAAAUUGUAUUAAACUAUCACUCAUGGACUACCUUUGUGUAAUGUCCCUGGCCUAUGGAUGACUUUGCAACAUGAACACUGUGAUGGGAUGGUUCAGCGCUCAAAUGUCCUGACUGUGCCUCUGAUAAUGCUGAUCUUUUUUUAUGUAUGUUUUAUUUUUUGUGUAUGAAUUUAAUUAAUGGUAUUACCGUUGUUAUUGUCACUCAAUAUCCAUGUGUAACUUUCAACCCCCCUUUUUAAAUGUUGCUCUUGAUUUUGACUACAGUGGAAAAAAUAUGCUUAUAUGGGCUUGGAUUCACAGAAUGUUGUUAUCUGGUUUUGUUCAGCACUGGGUGUGCUAUUGUCUUAAACUCUUUCAAAAGUUCAAAGUUAGCCCACUCUUUGUUUAAAAGUUUCCAGCGAGCCUUGUGAGGAGUCGUUUUGUUCAAUUUGUUCCUCUUUUCUAUAAAAGUUGUUUUUGCAAUAUUUUGUAAUUUUAAUACUUAAUUUGAUCGUUCGUUUGCUUUGUCUGUCACUGGUCUUAAAGGGAUAGUCCACCAAAAAAAUCCACCCUCAUGUCGUUCCAAACCUGUAUGCAUUUGAUUCUUCUGUGGGACGUAGAAGAGGUGAGGAAUGUUGGUGACCAAACAGUUUCGUUUCCCUUUUUCUUUUUUUUUUUGGGGUCCAUACAAU